AUGACAACGUCCGCCCUGCAGGUACCGGCCGCGCCGAGCUGCCUCGCGCUCCGCCCCGGCUUUGCGGCCUACGCCGAACCCCGGCUUUGCGGCCUACUGGGGCGGGCCUUGAGGGGCGAGGAGGGAGCCCUCGCCCCGAGGGGUCCCCGCGGCAAAGCGGUCGAGGAAGCCGGGCUGAGGGGAAGCGGAGGGUCUUUUGGUCAGAAACUCCGGACUCUUCCCCCGCCCCGCUCCCAAAAUGGCCCCUGUUUUGGUAAUAAGGGGGGGGGGACAACCCCGCUCGCUCCCCAAAAGAUCUGGUCCGUGGACGUUGUUGCUCUCAUCCACUCGGAGAGGGGAAUAGAAGGCGAGGGUCGUUUGAGUUUGCUAAUUGAAUGUGUUGUUUUGUGAGCGGACGCUGAGGAGGGAGAGAGAAGGGGCCUCCUGGACACCUGAGCAGGUGGGGAGAGAAGCCUGGAGCCUCCACCGGGGGCUGGGGGAGCUGCCUUGGUUUGUAAGGCAGAGUGCGUUAUUCAGAGGAGGCAAAGACCAGGAAAGGCACACAACUUUAGCCCUACUCAGAGUAGACCUGUUGGGCUUACUCAGCGCAUGUCAUUUAGGCCCAUCGAUUUCAAUGGGUUUACUCUGAGUAGGCCUUGGGCGUAACCCAUGUCUACAUGCAUAUGCACAAGUCAUCAAAAUGAUGCACACACUUCAGUGCCGAUUUCCUAAACUAAUUGCCACCCCUCUGAUCUAUAUGCUUUCUGUGUAUUUUUGUUAUAUAACCAUUUAUAGAAAGAUAGUUGCCCUCUAUCAAAAGAUGCAUCACAAGUUGUAUUUUCCAGGGCUAGAAAAUCUCUGAAACCUUGAGUUUUGAAAUGCACUCAGUCCUGAGCAGAGCUAGGGUUUUAGGUAGCAGGCAGGUGUUUCCAGGCUGGCCCUACUUUCUGUCAAGGGGAAUCCUGCUGCCUUGUUCUGUAGGGCAGGUGCUGGUGCACAUAUCUUUCUGGGAAGAACCUAAGGACACAGAGGUAUCAAACAGUAUUCUUGGGACAUUCUGACAAAAUUGGGAGAGGUGCUUCAUCCAGGGUGUGAUUCAUAGACCAUUUGUGGGAGAUGAAACUGAACUGAAAGGAGCUCAGUACCCUGUUUGGUUAGCUUAUUCAGGCAUCAACUGGAGAAGUAUCUGUAGUAUACCCGGAGAGUUCUUAGGAACAGCCAGUUAGAAGCAGCACACAAGAUUUUAUUGUCUUUUAUGGCUUGGAUGAUUUCCUUUCCCAGGUGACAUGUUCAGCAGGUGAGGUAACAGUCCACAAGGCCACCACUGUGUGAGAUUCAUGCCCCACUCGCUCAUAAUAUUGACAUUGUGUAGUAUGGUGGUUAGGGUGUUGGUCUAGGACCUGGGAGACCAGGGUUCAAUUCUGCACUUGGCCAUGAAGGUCACUGAGUGACCUUGGGCUAGUCACCAACUCUUAGCCUAGUCUACCUCACAGGGUUGUUAGGAUAAAAUAGGCAAGGAGGGAAUGGGUAUAGCAUCUUGGGCUCCUUGGGGGGGAAAGUGAGAUAUAGAUGUAAUAAUAAAUAAACCCAGCACAUUUCCUCUUUGCAGUGGGAAGGUGACUCUUUCAGCAGCUGCUGUGCAGUACCAAUUCCUGCCCAAACUCCUUUGGGGGUCAGCAGCAGUUCUAAGCUAUAAAACAGCACAGGAGACUGGUAUUCUCCUUGUGACCUUUGCCCUGCUCAGCAGCAUCUGGCACGCAGGCAAUGCCUUAUACCACCUGCUGGCAAUCACAACUGUAUAAAAAUCAUCUUCUUUGUGGUGGAAUUGCUUUAUGGUCCUCAGACUGGUUAAAUCCCUGUGCGAUUGAUGACAAAGUACUGCUCAUCAGUUUGCAAGAACAAUAAACAUGUGUAGAAGAAGGCACAUGCCUUAAAUUUCUAACUCUCUCCCACCUUAAAUAUUUAGAUAGGUACUUAGUCUUUGCCGCACCAUUUUCUCCUGUCUCUUGGUUAUGCCUCAGCAAACAUUUAAGAGUCUUAGGGGUUAGUACCAAACUUAGAGCCUCCUGGAAUUCCCAGUGCUGUGAAUUUUUCUAGCUGUGAUUCUGAUGUGCCACCAUGAAACUUGAGCCAGGCAUUUGCUUUCCAGAAAGCCAUUGAUUUGGUCACAAAAGCCACCGAGGAAGAUAAAGCAAAGAACUAUGAAGAGGCUCUGCGUCUCUACCAGCAUGCGGUGGAGUACUUCCUUCACGCCAUCAAGUGUGAGUCUGUCUUGGGGGUGGGAGGCUUAGUGGGAGCUUUUACGUGACACUGGGAAGGCUUACAAGGACCUUGCUCAGAGCAGCAGCUUCCUUUGCUUUGCUUGCUGUGCGGCUGUCAGGGGAGACCCAGGCUUGUUCAGUGCUCUGUGAUUGUAGCCCAUUUGUUGGGUGAUGACAUCAGGGAAUCUGCAGACAAAGUGGUGUGGAGAAAGUGGAUAGAAGUAAGGUUUUCUCACUCUCUUAAUGCUAGAGCUCAGGGAUUGCUCCAGAGAAACUGAUUGGCAGGAGAGGCAAAAGGAAGGACUUAUUCGUUUAGAGGUAUAAUCCAUAUUUAGAAUUCCCUGCCAUGGUUUGGUGAUAGCCGCUGGUUUAGACGGUUUUAAAUGAAAGUUAUACAAAGCCACUGGGGAUGAAAAGUGUCCACCAAUGGUUGGCAGUUAUUGUGAUGAUCCUGUGGAAUCUCUAGGGACAGAAGCAGUAUAUGCUACUGAGUGCCAGUUCUUUGUGGGCAACAGUAGGAGAGGACUGCUCCCUUCCAGUCCUGCUUGUGGGCUUCCCAGAGGCAACUGGCUGGCCAGUGUGGGAACCAGGAUGUUGGACCAUAUGGACAUUUUCUUGGCAUGGCCCAGCAGGGCUGUUCUUAUGUACUUAAAGUUCUCUGUGACAUGCAGUCAGUAGCUGGUAGCUACUGUGAGCAAUUUGCGUCUAGGAUAAGUGAGCCUCCAAGCUGGUUUCCCCACCCCUGAAUCUGGAAAGUGCUGCUGCAGGGAACCCUAGUCGGGUGGGGGCAGGCUGUCCAGGGAAGCUCUUCCUUACCGCUGCCUGUUGCCCUUGCAGAUGAUGCUCACAGUGACAAGGCCAAGGAAAGCAUCCGGGCAAAGUGUGCACAGUACCUGGACCGGGCUGAGAAGCUGAAGGAUUAUCUGCGGACCAAGGACAAGCAGAGCAAAAAGCCUGUCAAAGAAGCCCAGAAUGACAGCAAGGGGUAUGGCUUAAAGGGUUGGCUCCUCAAAGUAUGGUGUGGGGGGGGGGGAGAGAUUGGGUGAGGAAGUCAUAGAGGCACUGUUAGCCCAGCCUUGCUUCCAUUGCCCUUUGCUCUGUGUCUUUGUGUGUUUAUGCAAGUGCAGAUAAGUUAGGUACAGUUAGGUUAGGAGUUAAUACAAGAAUAAAUGAAAUCUCAGAGGGUAGGGGAAGGGGAGGUUCAGUGUCCUGCCUUGCCCCAGAAGGUGGAAAUGGGAUCAGAUCAUCAGCUAAGAGAAAAUCCAUCAAACGAUUCUUUCCUUAAUCUCAGCAACCUCAUUUAGGUGAUGUGGAACAGCUCUGCUCUUGCUUGAUCCCAGGCCCUGCUGGUAGAGCACUGUGGGUUGGGUUGCAGGUGACACUGAUGUGUGGCUGGUCCUGUCUUGAAGGUGGAGAGGAUAUGAGGAUAUUCUUUGAUUUCAUGUGUAGUUGAGGCCAGGUGUCUGAUGGGAACUGGGAGAGACCUCAUUCUCUGAGGAGGUGGUUCUGUGUUGCUCAUCCUCCCCUCACGCAAACUUUGCAAAUAAGCACCAGUUGGAGUAGGCAUGAGUUGGGGAGUCCUCCUGCCCCUCAUGGCACAGCCCACCCCAUAUCAUUUGAUGCCUUUCUCUCUUCAGAAGUGACAGCGACAGUGAGGGCGACAAUCCUGAGAAGAAGAAGUUGCAAGAGCAGCUGAUGGGUAAGCCAGUUCUGAGCAGCCCCUUGUCCCUGUGCUUGUUGCUGGCUCUGUAGAGACAAGUGCAGCUUUCUGAAGGUGGGCUUGAAGUGUCAGGAGGGUCUAAUGCACCCCUCCUUGGCAGGAUAGGAGGGAGUCAAGUGGGCUCUAUUAGGCAAAUUGCUUUCCCCUUCCAGGUGCCAUUGUGAUGGAGAAGCCCAACGUGCGGUGGAAUGAUGUGGCUGGGCUGGAAGGAGCUAAAGAGGCCCUCAAGGAAGCGGUCAUCUUGCCCAUCAAAUUCCCUCACUUAUUCACAGGUGAGAAUCUGGGCACCUCUGUCCCCCUGGGCAUGCUAAAUGUUGUGAGGGGUGGAUGAGUCCAUUUCCUCUCUCUUUGCCCCAGGUAAGCGCACUCCGUGGCGAGGGAUCCUCCUCUUUGGCCCUCCUGGUACUGGGAAGUCUUACCUGGCCAAGGCUGUAGCAACUGAAGCAAGCAACUCCACCUUCUUCUCCAUCUCCUCUUCAGACUUGAUGUCCAAGUGGCUAGGGGAGAGUGAAAAGUGAGUGACAAAAUCCAUGGGGGAAGUGGGGGAGGGAGAGAACCAUCUCUUACUUAGGAGAGUGGGGUUUGAUCUAUGGAGUGGAAUAAGAUGUUCCUAUUAGGUAUGAUGGGGGUGGUUAGUGCCCCACCCACCCAAGCUGAACUCCAGCUCACAUAAUCCCUGACCAUUGGCUGUGCCCCAAAGUAUCUGGGGUGGGGAGACAGAUAGAGACGGGGCUAGAACUGUGCAAAAUGGGUGUCUAUGGAAGGCUUUAGAUUUGCCGCAUUUUGCCACAGUUGUUUGGACACAGGCUUGGUUGUAGUCUUUAUUUUAUGGUUCCUGUCAAAUGUGCCAGUGGCCUCCAAUGGCCCUUCCCUGAGCUUUCUGCUGUGCCUUUUCUGUUAGGUUGGUGAAGAACCUCUUUGAGCUGGCCAGGCAGCAUAAGCCUUCCAUCAUCUUCAUUGACGAAGUGGACUCUUUGUGCGGCUCUCGCAAUGAGAAUGAGAGUGAGGCAGCCCGCAGGAUCAAGACUGAGUUCCUGGUACAAAUGCAAGGUGGGUAGACAGAGCGACAGGAGAGAGACUGCCCAAGAGGACCCUUUGCACUGGGGAGCAUCUGGUCUGCCUCUCUGCCUUCCCCAGUGUGGAGUGACGAUUUGUGGCUUUCUUUCUUGACAGGUGUCGGGAAUGACAAUGAUGGCACAUUGGUCCUGGGUGCUACCAACAUUCCCUGGGUGCUAGAUGCUGCCAUUCGGCGAAGGUGGGUGAUGCCGCAGGUUUUGCUGGGGCUCCUGCUGCCCACAUAGACAGUCUUGUAGCCUCUAAAACAGCAAGAGGUCUCUCUGUGCCCUGGUCUGAAGGGCUGUUUGCGUUUUGUUGAGGAAUGCUUCUGUUUCACCAGUUGUAGGGUCUGCAGGGGCUUAUAACAGGACUAAAACCAGCAAUAUAUUAAAUUUUAUUACAUUUAUAUCCUGUCUUUCUUUGAAGGAAUAAAGGGGGUGUUCGUGGUUCUUCUCGCCCCCAGUUCCAUCCCCACAGUGACCCUGUGAGAUUAGACUGAGCAGAUAGUGACUGGCCCAGAGAGCUUUAUGACUGAGUAUGGAUCUGAUCUCAGGGUCUCCUCAGACCACAACUGCAUGCUGUCAGCAAAACAUAACACAAAUCUAAAUAAACAAACCAACCACACAUAUUUAAAACAGCAUUAAAAAAAUAUAUGAUCAAAGGGUGCUAAUCUUCAAAAGUCUGUGCAAAUGGUAAUGUUUUAAGCUGGCACAACAUAGCCAAUCAGUUUGGGGCUGGGGGGAGGCUGCCAUACACCUCACCUCACCUCUCCACAUGGUUGCAUCCAAGCAGAAUCUUCGUAGGUGUGGGAAGAAGGCGGGGGAAGCAGCGACUUCUUCCCUCUCCCUUUGGGGACAGUCACAUGUGGGCUUGCAUUUGCACAUAGGUUUGAGAAACGUAUUUACAUCCCGCUUCCCGAGGAGCCGGCCAGGGCUCAGAUGUUUAAGCUGCACCUUGGCAACACGCCACACAGCCUGACAGAAGCCAACAUCCACGAAUUAGCCCGGAAGACUGACGGCUAUUCAGGGGCUGACAUCAGCAUCAUUGUGCGCGAUGCCCUUAUGCAGCCUGUCCGCAAGGUGCAGUCAGCCACACACUUCAAAAAGGUGAGGACGGCAUUUCCUACAAGGGCUGUGCCAGGGCAGGCUGGAAGGUAGAUUCCCCUUGCUUGGCCCAUCCUGUUGUUGCUUCAAGGCUUCUGCUGGGGAGUGAAGCAGCAGAAGAUUCCACCUUCUCAAUGGACUCAGCUACUCCACUUCCUUUCCCAGGCAGGGUCAUGUGACAUUGUUGUCUAGCCCUGGGCAGGCAGAGGCUGUUCCUCCCCGGUUCCUCUCCUACCUCACCCAGUAUCCGAGCAGCUGCACUUGCCUCUCUGUAUUUGUUCUUCUUCACUUCUGUGUACCUGGUGCUUAUUAUUUUACAUGGACGUCCUGCUCUUGUUUUGGGGGGAUACUCAAGCAGUUAAUGAGGGGCUCCCAGGCAUUCCUCUGCUUUAAUAAACGCUUUUGGUCAAAUGAGACUUCUGACUCUCCAGUUGCUGUGAAUUAAUAUGUGGUGUUGGGAACUGGCAUUGUGCUUCUCUUGAUAUGUGUCCCUGCAGUAUUCAAAUGGCUGUUGCUGGAUGGAUGGCCUACCUGUUCCUUCCAAACAGAGUGACUAGUGUACUUGCAGGGGGACUGACUCUUUUUUCCACCUGCUUCUGUCUUGCAUUGCUACUAUAUCUGUCCUACCAGGACCUAAGAGUUUUGUGUUCAGCCUGCCCCCACCCCCCAGGAAUUUGCCAUAUCAGUGCGCUGUCUGGGUCUUUAUUGCAGGUCCGUGGACCAUCCCGCACCAAUCCUGGCACGGUGGUAGAUGAUCUGCUAACCCCUUGUUCCCCAGGAGAUCCUGGUGCUAUUGAAAUGACAUGGAUGGAGGUACCUGGGGACAAGCUUCUGGAGCCUAUAGUCUGCAUGGUGAGUGAGGUCCCCUGACUUUUUCCUGCCUGGACCCUCUUCUUUCUGAGUCCCAGGCUUGUUCUCCUGUGUAUUUGAUACAAACUCUGAUGUGCGCCAAGCAGCUUUGGGUGGCAGCUGCAGGUUUGGAAAUGCCCCUUCCAGAUGACUGUGAGGAGUUUCAGCUCCUAAAAUCUUUGUGGUUUUUGUGACCAAGAUGCAUGUAUACCCCAUCCCUGAAUGUCCUAUUCUGUUUUUGCAGUCGGACAUGCUGCGCUCACUGGCCACCACCCGCCCCACCGUGAAUGCGGAGGAUCUGCUAAAGGUGAAGAAGUUCACUGAAGACUUUGGCCAGGAGGGCUAA